AUGACAAUCGAAGAACAUCAUAGUUUGAGUAAUGGAAACAGUGAUAACUUGUUUAAGUUCAUUUCAAUAGUCUAUCCGCAUCAUUUGCUGGUGAUUCCAUCUACCAAUUUUAACGAUUCGUUGGAUUUGCUAACGCAGAAAUUUGUUGGAAUUGAAAAUAACAAACUGCCACUCAUCCUCGACACGUUUUAUUUGACGAAUUGCACUUUUAGGGUGAACGCUGACUUGUAUCCGGAUAAAUUAGAUGAUCUUGAAGGUCGAGUGGUUAUUGUAUCGGCAAUAGAGUACAUACCAUACACUACUGUAGAACGCAGGGAACCAAAUGAAAAUUUGUACCGCGAAUGGAACUCAACAGCAGGCAAAAAGACGAUAUUUUUUGAUGGAUCUGAGUCGCGAAUCGUUAUCAACUUUUGCAUCUUAAGAAAUUGCACAUUGGAAUUUCGAUUAUCGCCAGAUUGGGGUAGUAUCAACAUAGACGAUGGCACUUCCGAGGGACAAGUAGGAUUAUUGUACAAACGUGAAGCUGAUAUUGCCGUUGCUUCGAUUGGACAAUGGUACUUUGAUAUAUUUGAAUCAUCAGCUGCCAUUGCUCGAUCGGCAUCAACGCUUGUUGUACCUGCUCCAAGGGGAGAUAUAAAGACGUCAUUUAGAAAGACGAUUUUGGAUAUUUUGGGUCUAUUCUUACAACAAUCAAUCGAACUUGGGACGAGUAAGUUGGCUGUUCGAUUAGUGUACGCAGUAUUACUGUUAGCCGCCAUAAUACUUGAAAAUGCAUACAGUGGCGGCCUAAAAAGUCUACUUACAGUUCCGAAAUUGGUGGGAAAAAUUGACACCAUUCACGACUACGUUGAGACAAAUUAUGCGUGGGGAGCACCGCAUGAAGUCUAUGUUUUGGCUGUAAAAAAGUCUCAAGUGAAGGAUUCAAUGUUAAUGUCCAAACGAGUUCAAAUUCGAAGCCAUGAGGAACUGUAUAAUAUGUCCUUUAGCGGAAAAUUUGGCGUUUCAGUCGAAAGGUUGCACAGUCGUGGAAUAACAUUUGAAGAUUUCGUAACAUUGGAUUCAUUGGAUCAUCUGAGUAUUUUAAAGGACGACCUUUUCUUCGAAUACACAAUGGCUAUAGCCACAAGAGGAUGGCCAUUAAUGGACAGAUUCAAUAAAGUUGCUUUAGAAAGCAUGCAACACGGAUUGUAUGAGUAUUGGGAAAAAGAGGUGGGUGUUUUAUACAGAAUCACAAGUUAA